AACAUGAACUUGCUGAUGUUUUAGUGGCCCUAAACCACCCAAAAAACACAUCACAGUUUCUGUGCUUUAAUUAAAACCUCCAGUGAUCUAAGUGGACCUUAAAAACCAAGAAAAACAACAGAAAAAAAAAACAAGAAAUAAGGCUGUAUUUGCAUCCUCAUCUUAGGCCUAAGGUCACACAAAUUCGAACAUGUGUGAAGAAGGUUCAGCCAGUGUAGAGAGCUUACCUUCACUGCCUGGUGCUGAUGAAGAGGUGGGAGAAUAUUAUUUUGAGUCAGACCCUCUGGCUCUGAAAGAGAACCCUGAUUACCAGCAACUGAUCAAGGCUAUGGUCAAGUUACAAGCACAACGCACGAAGGCUGUUAAGGAUAUGGAACGACUGCAAGAAGCAAGAGAGGAGGCACUACGUGAUCCUUUAGAAUUUGUGACAGCACUGCAAAAUGGCGUAUGUUUGAAUCUUCCUGGUCCUCAGGAAAUCACACAGAUUCCACACAUUGAAUGGGAGAAAUAUAACGUUAAGUCCAUCAUGCAAGGCAUGAGACCAAACACACGUAAACGUGUUCUUCAGGAGAACUUAGCGGCACAGCAGCCAGUUCAGGACAGCAAAGAGUCAUUUAAUGACGAUGCAAAAAUUUUGGUACGAGGUCGGAUAUAUGACGGAAGCAAACCUCAAACCUUCAAUCAGAUCUGGACUGAUGAGGAGCAGCGCAAACUUGAGGAACUACUAAUUAAAUAUCCAGAUGAAGCCAUUUCCUCUCAUCGGUGGGUUAAAAUUUCCAAAGAACUUGGCACACGAACACCACUUCAAGUUCAGAGUCGAGUACAGAAGUAUUUCAUUGCCCUGAAGCGAGGAGGUUUACCAGUCCCUGGUAGAAACCCCAGAGCAUCAGUCAUGAGGAGACAGGGUGGAAGGAAACGUGCCUCGUUAUUCCAUGGAUAUCAUCCUGGAAGAAUUUCCAAUUUUAUGAGAGCUUUCAACAUGUAUGAAGAUGAAGAUCAAGGAAUUAAUUUUAACAAUAUAUCAAGUUUGACAGAAGGUGAUGCUUAUGAAGAUGAGGCCACAACUAAAACAGAAAUUGAGGAGGAAGAGGAGGAGGAGGAGGAGGAGGAGGAAGACAUAGCCGAAGAGCUUCAUAACACUGAGGAGUACCAACAGAUUAUGAGGCUGAAACAAGUACGGUCACUAAAGGUCCGUGAAAUGGAAACUGGCAUUAUCUCUCAUCCAGGAUUCACAUGUGAUGUGUGUGGCAUGGAGCCAAUCAUGGGGCCACGUUGGCACUGUGUCGAGUGUCCGGCCUCUACCAGUGUCGAUUUCUGUGAGAAAUGCGUGAAGACCAAUUUAACUAUAAAUUCACACCAGCCUUCUCAUAUACUGCAGUCAGUUAAAGCUCUUUGUAUGAGAGACACCAUAGAAGUUUUAACUUAAAUAACUCCAUUCAGAAAUACAGUUGAUUUUAACAAACUGAACAAGCUCUUUAUUUUUAUCAGGAAUAACUUAAAUACAUUUACUUUUUUACAUAUGUAAAGCUUUUCCUACAUUAAACUUUUGAACAUUCAUAUACAGUGGUACCUCGAGUUACGAAGUUAAUUUGUUCCAGAAGGCUGUUCGAGUGCCGUUACGAACGAAUUUGUUCCCAUAAGGAAUAAUGUAAAUUAGAUUAGUCCGUUUUAGACCCCCAAAAAUAUGCUUACAAUAGCACUUACAAUAAUACACUUACAUAAUUGUUCGAGUUAGGAACUGUUUGAAACUCAAGGUACCACUGUACAUACACUUUUGUAUUACAAAUAGCAGCUUCAAUAUUUAGGAAUUUUAGCCUGUACAUAAACUUGCUUAUACACCUACCAUCUGACUUACGACCACUCGACUUACGACCUGCUCGACUUGUGACCACUCGACUUACAACCUGCUCGACUUACGACCGUAUUUUUUAUGCCAAAUUUCUGGGAAAUAAACAACUAUUUGUGUUGUA